ACAUGCUUGAGUGGGCGGAGAGUAAGUCAUGGAGGCGCUCAGGCUUGGGAACACUGGUUGUGAGCUCUUCUUCUGUCAUACCCGGACGGAAGUCUCAAUGAGUCAAGCACCAGGGUAUGAGGGCUGUGUGACUGACGAGCUUCUGAAGGCUCAACCCUGAAGGUAGCUGUAUUUACCACCUGUUGAUAGACUUAGGUCGAGACCCCUUUGGGAGUUGAAUGACUCUUUACAGGGGUCACAUAUCAGAUAUCCUGCAUAUCAAAUAUUGUGAUACAUAACAGUACCAAAAUUACAGAUAUGGAGUAGCAACGAAAUAAUGUUAAGGUUGGGGUUCCCACAGCAUGAGGAACUGUAUUAAAGGGUCGCAGCCUUAGAAGGUCGGGAACCUCUGCUCUAGGGACUAAAGCUCUUGCAGGGUCCGAACUUGGCCCUUACUUCCUCUGGUCCUAGGUCUUUCCAACCCUGGGAAUGAGGUGACAGUAGCCUGAGUAUGGCCACCCUGUACAUAGAUUGGCGUCUCCUCGCCGGUGUGGGCCUGGCUUUGGGCAGUGAGAGCACAGAGGGCACAGCUGGGUAGUGUAGACCACCGCGAUCUGUUUUCAGUGCAGUGUAGACCGACCGCGAUCUGUUUUCAGUGCAGUGGCCCGUCCAGCUGGCUGUGUUUGGGGGCGUGGUUUCCCAUCGUCAGUGCACCCUCAUCCGGGACUCCACAGGGGUCCUGAGGGAUGCAUCUUCUCUGGGAAGCUUACAUUCCCGCCCCUCCACUCUCCUUCCCUCUGCUGCUGCCACUGCCCAACUCCACAGAGAGAAGGGGUGAUGAGCAGGGAAGUCCCCACACCCCACAUCCCAGCUCCUUGCUUCAGUGCUGAGUUUGAGUCCCACAUACUCCUAUGAAGUUUUCAUUGUCAUUCCAUUUCCUCUCCGUUUCUUUCCUGGCUAGUUCUCCGUUCAGCCUUUCUCCUGCCAUUCAGUCAGCGCCCUCAGGAACAGUGCUUUUCACCCAUGUCUCUGGCUUCCAAACCACUGAGCCACACAACCCCUCACCAACCCUCUGUCUUCAAGCAUUACUUCCUUUCCUUCCUGCAGGCUCCCUCAGCUCAUAAGUUAGGAACAUCGUUCUCAAGUGCUUUCCUUAUUUAUUAAUAAAUAGAUCACUUUCUGAACUGCAUUUUCUUUUCCUUUUUAUUUUAAUUUUGUUUUGAGAAAGAGUUUCUCUGUGUAGCCCUGGCUCUCCUGGAACUUGAUCUGCAGAUCAGGCUGGCCUCACAAUCGCUCACAGUGAUCACCUGCCUCUGCCUCCCGAGUGUUGGGAUUAAAAUCGAGUGUCGCCACUACGUGGCUUGCUGACCUCACACUUGUAAGCAUCCUCCUGCCUUUGUUUCCCAAGUGCUGGGUUGCAGGUGUGAGCCUGUGAGCCUAGCCUCAGCCUUGUCAUAAGACAACACUAGAGGCUGGGUGUAGUGGUACACGCCUGUAAUCCCAGCACUCAGAAGCAGAGCAGGGAGAUCUCCGACGGUUGGAGGCCAGCCUGGUCUGGGUUUGUCUUUCCUCCCUGUCCCCACAGAACAGCAAGUACUAACAAGCAGUUGAGUAGAUGACAGGCUGGUGACACCAGGACAAGUUGGAGACGCGGGCGGGCGGGCAACUGGCUCUUCCCUGUCCCUUAGUCACUCGGAUUCACGGGAGGUAGAGGAGCCCUCUGUGGCUCUUGCCCAAACCUGUCAGCUUUGAGGGGAUGCAGGAUGAGGGGAGGGAACCUGAAGGUAAGUCUGGGUACCACAGGGCGGAUAGCCUCCCAUGGCUUGUGGGUCAUGAUUUGACAAAGGAUCCACAUCCAAGUGAUUUAUUUGCUUCAGCAUAAUCUGGGUAAGGCAGCUUCCAAAAUGAACUUGGAGGAAGCAGGCUUAGAUGAGCCUAGGUGAGAGGAAAGGCAAAACCAUCCCCUUCACAGGGGUGUGUUUCCUGCCCUUGAGUGUAGUGUGAGUUUCUGGAGGCUCUGGCAUCUAACCUCCAGUUCAAGCACAUGUAUGCAGUUAGAAUAGAAAGUGAGCAGAAAUGUAGUGCUUCCUCUGUAUUUGGGCAUUUGUUCAGGAUGGGUUACACCACUGUAUUAGGGGGAGCUGGGCAUCCACUACAGGAUGCUCUGGAAUCUUGAAAUCUUGGGAAUGGCUGAGGAGGAUGCUCUUUCCUUCCUGCUGGUCAGUAUAGGGAGUGAUGUCCCUGGGCAGGCUAUGAAAACAGUAAGCACUGUCUUUGGUUCACUCUAACUCAAUAGCUGGAGAGCUCACUGGUCGCUGGGAAUGAUGGAAUCAACCCUUUGCAGGUUUCUCUAAUUGGGUUUCCUGACCCCAGUUGCUGGAAUGGGUAGGAAUGACCCUGGAUUCUUGAGAAAGGUGCAGAGGGUUAGGGCCAAGGAAGUGGGAGCCCUGAGCAUGGUCACGUGAGCAAAGUUGGUGGAGGCAGUGAGAGUCCGGAAGUGAGGAAGCUGAAUCAAGACGGUUGAAUGUCAAAGGUAGAAGGUGAACCUGGUGGUGGUGAUACACACCUUUAAUCCCAGCACUCGGGAGGCAGAGACCAGCCUGGGCUACAGAGUGAGUUCCAGGAAAGGCUCCAAAGCUACCCAGAGAAACCCUGCCUCAAAAAACCCAAAAAAGGCCGGGCGGUGGUGGAGCAUGCCUUUAAUCCCAGCACUCGGGAGGCAGAGCCAGGUGGAUCUCUGUGAGUUCGAGGCCAGCCUGGGCUACCAAGUGAGUUCCAGGAAAGGCGCAAAGCUACACAGAGAAACCCUGUCUUGAAAAACCAAAAAAAAAAAAAACAAAAAAGGCUAGAAGGUGAGUGUCUGCUUGUGUGUGUCACUCUAGCCGUCCGCUGAGGGAGCAUCUGGGCUUCAGUUAGAGCCGGCGCGGCUUCUAAGCUGGGUAUAGAAGUGGAGAGGAUACUGAAGGUAAGACUGCUGUGCCCUGUGGAUAGAGCUGAGCAGUUCUCCACAGGCUUCCUCCCACUCACCCACCUCGCAGGCUGCUUCCUGAGAGCUGCCUGGCGGUCAGGCAAGACGGGAGGUUUGGACUAAGUCUUGACCUGUGCCUCCUCCCUCCACUCCUCCGUUCUGUGGAGAUCACGUGCUUGGAGGCCCUGGGUUUGAUCCCUGGUACUGCAUACACAAAACCCAGCUAUCUUGGCAGGGGCUAUCCUAGGACAGUUGAAUGCUGCAGAGACUUAAGGGAUAGAAGGCUGAGUGGGUGGUUCUGGUUUCUAAACACGGCAGUAAGGUCGACCUUACUGCGUCCGAUUCCAGAUGAAAGGGGAGUGUUCUGUGUGCCACACCUUGUGUGGGUGGAGCGUUCGUGAUCUUGGUUAGAGCAGCUGCAGGAUUUGGGCGCUAACUUCAUCAUUCCUGGAUGAUGGAGUGUAUAAGCCACACCUAAAGGGGGCCAGUAGAGAGUGUGCUUCAUAUGUUCGAGGCUCUGGGUUCCAUUCACAGUACAGGAAAAAAACAACAAAGUAAGUCCUUGAUUCAGUCCCCAGCAGCAGAGGGGGUCGUGGGAAGCGGUGCCCGGCUCACACCUGGCAGCUGUGUGUGAACUGAGCGGACACUUGCAAGGCUCAGGCAUUUCUGGAUGUGGUUGUCCACUCGUGCCACUGGGCAGCUUUUCUGCCUUUCUCAGAACCACAAUUCAGGUUCCUUCCCAGUCUAAUGGAAAUGAUGCUUCCCUGACCCUGGCCGGGGCCUUUCAGUCAGUUGCCCUCAGAGGGUCUAUUGAGGGGAGGGGCCAGGGUCUCAUUUGUGGCCCUGCUGGCCUGGAACCUGCUACCUAGCAUGUCUGCCUCUCUGCCAGUCUCUUCAGAGAUUGAAGGCACACCACCUGCCCAAGCCCAUCAGUGGGCUACUGUUGGAGAUGGCCUUACCCUUUUCUUCCCACUACUGCCUUCCCUUACCCUACCCACUUCCCUCCAGUCAUGUGCCCUACAGAGCCUCAGAACCUAGACAGCCGUCUGUCUACCUGUGUGCCACUGCUUGUGUGUGCUGCGGAGGACAGCUGUGCUCACACUCCGCGUUCCCACCUUCCACACUCCAGGUCCUCUGCACCAGCCCUCAGUUUCCCUCCACUUGCCUCUCUCUCCUUUUGCUUCAGCCGCACUGGCCCAGGCAUUCCCUCCGGACAUCGGGCUCUUUGCCUUUAGCCCUCUUUCCUUCCUCGCUGAAAAAUCCGCAGUAGGCUGGGCAUGUACUCAGGUGGUGGAGUGCUUGCCUGGUGUGCAGGGUCCUGGGAUGCUGCCCUAGCGCUGCAGAAAAACAGAUGGUGUAAUCUCAGUGCUUGUGACAGCAAGAGGAGCUGAGUUCAAAUUCAAGGUCAGCCUUGGCUACAUAACAAGUUUGAGGCCAACCUGGGCAACAUGAGACUGAAAAGCAAAACAGGUAUUCCUUUAAGAUGCAGCUCAAGUCUCAGGCUUGACUCAGCUUCCUCAGACUCUCAACUUCCACAGAGUUCAUGACCUUUACAGUCUUUUUACUCUCCUGUCAAGGCUCCAUUGGUUCACUCAUGAAACACCCUCUACACAGGUUCAUACAUAAGCAGUUCUCAACCUGUGGGUCGUGACCUUUCGGGGGUCGCAUAUCAGAUACAUCCUGUAUAUCAGAUACUACAGUUAUGGAGUAGCAAUGAAAUGAUUUGAAGGUUGGGGUCACCAGAGCAUGAGGAACUGUAUUAAAAGGUUGCAGUGUUAGGAAAGUGGAGAACCACUGGCUCUCACUGAUUCAGAUCUUGUUCACUCCCAUAUUUUUAUAACAAGCAGUUGUUCCUGUCAGUGAUCCCGACAACGUAAGUGUGCACAGAUGUUAGGUGGACAUCCCGUAGAACGGCCUGCCGCGCCUGCGCCUGCGCCUGCGCCUGCGCCUGCACUCUUCCUACUCCCACCCGAAAUCCUGACCAGCCUCAGCCACUGGGUGCAUCCUUCGGGUUCCUUUGAUUUUUGUUUUUAAGAGACAGGGUCUCAGCCGGUGGAGUGGCAUGUGACUUUUUAAUUCCAGCACUCAGGAGGCAGAGGCAGGCAGGUGUUUGUGAGUUCAAGACCAGCCUGGUGUACAUAGCUGGAGCUCCCAGCCAGCUCAUAGACCCUGUCAGAGCAAAACCACCAGAGCUGACAUUGCUUCUUGGCAGGGCGAAGGUAAACAGUGAAGCGCAGAGAGCUCUUAAAGUUGCCAGGCUCACACUUCCUGUCUGAAAAUGGGUGGACAGAGGGCCUUGUGUAUCCCAGGCUGGCCUAUGAGCUCAUGUAGCUGAGGAUGACUUGGACUCCUAAUCCUGCCUCCACCUCCCGAGUACUGACAUUACGGAUGUGUGCCACCAAGCACAGUUAAUGCAGGGCUGUGCAUUACAGAUGUGUGCCACCAAGCACAGUUAAUGCAGGGCUGUGGUUGAACCCAGGGUUUUAUGCAUGCCAAGCAAACACUCUACUGAGCUGCAUCCCCAGCCCCCAAUCCGGCCCUUGCACUUUUUCCUGAAUAUAUGGGCAAGAGUUACAAUACAAGUUCACAUCACUUGUAUUAAUUUACUUCUUAAAUUGAAGCAUAUACAUUUGUCUUAGAGAUUUUCAAAGUAUAGUUUGAUAUUUCAAUGGUUUCUCAUUUAAUAGUUCAACAGUUUAUUAAAAAUAAAACAUUUGGCUGGAUUUGGUUUGAAGGCUUGUAAUCCCAGCACUUGGGAUGUAGAGGAGGAACUAGAGUUCAAGGCUGAGCUAGUAAGAUGUUCCACAGGAAAAGACACCUGCCACCAAGCCAGACUACCUGAGUUCUGUGUGGGAUCCCAUGUAGUGGAACAGCUCUCCCAAGCUGUCUUCUGAUGCCACAUACACCAUGGCACACGCCUGCCUGUAAACACAUGGGACAAGUAAUUCACACAUACCAUGGCAGAUGCCUGCCUGUAAACACAUGGGACAAGUAAUUCUCCACACAUACCAUGGCACAUGCCUGCCUGUAAGUACAUGCCAUAAAUAAAUUUUAAAAAAGGGUUUAAGGCAACUUUGCUUUGACACCGGUACAGGCUGUAAGAGACCCUGUUUGAAAAGUCAAAACAUUUGUCCAGUAUCAUGCAGCUGGGACCUAGGGGACUUUAGGCAUGUCAUGCUUGCUCCUUAUCAUCAGUGUGCUGGUUCUUUGAGGGAAAUGGGAGAGAGAGACAAAGCAUGUACAAAGGGAAAAGAGAGUAGGUGUAUGCUUCAUUCAGAUGUAGGGGAAGAAAGUCACUGUUAGCUAGAAUUGGGGCUUGAAAAGAGUUGAACAUCCUGGAGGGUACAGAACAGGUAUGGGGGAUCAUCUGAACCCAGACCAUAGUCCAGCAGCAGGGAAAUCUGAUGCAGUUAAUACCCAUGAAGUGUUUACGUGUCAGGCAUGAGCACUGAAGAAACAAAAACGCGAGGCACAAGCUCUGUCUCUUGGCUCACUCUUCAGAGUCAAGAGUGGUUGGCCACACCUAUUAUCUCAGCACUUAGGAGUCUGAGGCAUGAUGAUCCCAAGUUCAAAACUUGCUCCGUAGACCAAGCUAGCCUCCAACUCAGAGAUCUGCCUGCCUUCGCCUCCCAUGAGCUGGGAUUAAAGGCGUGCGCCACCACACCUGGCUGGCCGUGAGUUAUUUUUUUAAAAGAUUUAUUUAUACUUAUGUGUAUGUAUAUAUGUAUAUCUGUAUGCCACAUGUUUGGGUACCUGUGGAGGCCAGAUGAGGGUGUUGGGGCCCUAGGAACUGCAGUUAUAGGCAUUUUUGAGCCAUCUGGUGUAGGUUCAGGGAAUUGAACUCUGGUCCUCUGGGAGAACAGCAAGUGCUCUGAAGCACUAGUGUCUGGCCCCUGACAAUGAGUUGGUUUGUUUUUGUUGUUUGUUGUUUUUGUUUUUAAAUCCUAGGUUAGGAACAUCAACUCAGUGGUGCAUGCCUGGACUGGAUCCUCAGUACCACAAAACAGAGAAAAUGAGAACCUAAUUAGAGUGUUUGUCCUAGAGAUGGAGGCACUGGGGAGGCUGGGAAGAAGAACCCGGAGGAGACUGGUUCGACAUGGGAGUGAAGAAGUCUCGGUGUGAUAGAGGAGAGCCAUCUGAAAGGUCAGAGCAGGAAGGGCAGCGCGUUUCACAUGAGAGCAAGUGUGUGUUGGGUGUGUGUAAACCGAGGUGCUGGCCAGACAGGUGGAGUUGUGUCUAAGAAUAAUAUCCGUGCUAAAGAGGACCAUGAACCAAGGCUGGAGAGACGGCUCAGUGGUUGGAAGAACUGGCUGCUCUUCUAGAGGACCUGGGUUCAAGUCCCAACACCCACAUGGCAGCUCACAACUGUCUGUAACUCCUGUUCCAGGGGGUCUGACACCCUCACACAGACAUACAUGCAGGCAGAACACCAAUGUACAUAAAAUACAAAUAAAUUAUAAAAAAUGACCAUGAACCAAGAAACUGUCUAAGAGUAUAUGGCAUGAAACGGCCCCGUGACAGCCUUUGAGUGACCAGGAACUGGGAUCUAGGGACCACAGCUUAAGUUUUCAGGAAGGGUUCAAAUUAUGAAAAAGGAAACUGGUAAGACCACCUAAAAUUACUUGAAACCCUUCUAAACACGGAAGUCCUUGCACAAACACAAGGCCAUUGUACAUUCUGCUGUUGUGAAAAGGGUGUUGAGGGAAACCAGGAAAGGUCAGCGACUGAUCCCAUUUUACAGGAAGAAACCCUUCCAAGGUGUGGGGGGGCGGGGCAGUUACUCUUUCUAGUCGUAACUGAGGGAAGAAUGAUCGGGUGAGGUGAAGAGUUGGCUGUCUUGAACACCUGCCUCUGCCAGCUUAGUGGGAGGGAACGUGUCUUAGAAGAAAGAACAGAGCAGUGGUGGCGCACGCCUUUAAUCCCAGCACUUGGGAGGAUCUCUGUGAGUUCGAGGCCAGCCUGGGCUACAGAGUGAGUUCUAGGAAAGGCCCCAAAGCUACACAGAGAAACUGUCUAGAAAAGCCAAAAGAAGGAGGAGAAGAAGUAGAAAGAACAGGACAAAUGCAUUCUUGUGCUUGAAUCCUGUCUCUCACCAGUUAGCAUGAUGACCCUAGGCAAGUGCCUUAGCUGUAAAAUGGGAACAAUUGUGCCUCCCGUGAUUCGAAGGUUUUAGAGACUAACGCCCCCAUUGCAGUGGGUAAUGGCAAAUAGGUGCUGUCACAUGGCCCAACCCUCGUCAUGGGACCGAACGGCUAACGGACGGGUCAGAAUCCGCCACCUGGGAUCACUGGGUAGGGAAUGAAUGCUGCAGCUUCUUCCCUCCAGGAGGUGGGGACAAGGUGGAGGGAGGGCGGCAGGAGGAGGAGCUCGCUCCUUGCGACCCGCCCACACCAGUCUGGCCUGGAGCUGAGGCAACGCGUCUGGUCGCCUGCACCCGAACAGCCUGCCUGCCCUGGUGCCCCGGUGCUCCGACCUCGUCCGGUCAUGUCCCUGCGCCCCUUGCUCUGGCCGCUCCGACUGCUGCUGCUGCUGCUGCUGCUCGGUGGGGCGGUGUGCCGGGCUGAGGCUGAGCCAGAAACCGAAAGCCCCCUCCGGACCCUCCAAGUGGAGACCCUGGUACAGCCCCCUGAGUCGUGUACGGAAUUCGCUGCCUUUGGAGACACGCUGCACAUACACUACACGGGCAGCUUGGUAGAUGGACGCAUUAUUGACACCUCUCUGACCAGAGAUCCUCUGGUUAUAGAACUUGGCCAAAAGCAGGUGAUUCCAGGUCUGGAGCAGAGCCUUCUGGACAUGUGUGUGGGAGAGAAGCGAAGAGCAAUCAUUCCUUCUCACCUGGCCUAUGGAAAGCGAGGGUACCCGCCAUCUAUCCCAGCGGAUGCCGUGGUGCAGUAUGAUGUGGAGCUGAUUGCAUUGAUUCGAGCCAACUACUGGCAAAAGCUGCUGAAGGGCGUUUUGCCCCUGGUGGGCAUGGCCAUGGUGCCAGCACUCCUGGGCCUGAUUGGGUAUCACUUAUACAAAAAGGCCAGCAGACCCAAAGUCUCCAAAAAGAAGCUGAAAGAAGAGAAACGGAACAAGAGUAAAAAGAAAUAAACAGUGAUCGUUAAGAAACUUUGUAUUCUUCGCUUGAUACGACUACCCCCUUUUUCUUUUAGUGAUUUUGUUGUGUUGUUUUUUUUUUGUUGUUUUUUUCAAGACAGGGUUUCUCUGUAGUUUUGCGCCUUUCCUGAAACUCACUUGGUAGCCCAGGCUGGCCUCGAACUCACAGAGAUCCGCCUGGCUCUGCUUCCCGAGUGCUGGGAUUAAAGGCGUGCGCCACCACCGCCCGGCCAUUUUGUUUUUUUACUUAUUAUUGUGUGUGUGCGCUGGUUUGAAUGUGGAAUCGGAGGACACUGUGAAGCUGGCUCUCUCCCUCCACCUGUAGGCGGCUUCCAGAGAUUGAACUGAGCUCACCGACUUCAGAAACAGGUGCUUUACCCUCUGAGCCAUCUCUCUGGUUCCCCUUUCCUUCGAAGAUGGGGUCGGUCUUGCAUUUGUAGCCCAAGCUGGCCUCAGACUCGUGAGCCUCCUGGCUAGGCUACAAAUACGGAUGUGUACCAACACAUCCUGUGCACCCAAUGCUUUCAGGCUGCUUUUCUUGGGUAGAAAACAGAGCACUGUGAAGCUGGAUCUUGCCUGUGGCUGAGGGGCUGGAGGCCUUGGAGCACACCUUGGCCUGCUCACGCUGUCCUAAUUUACCCCCGGAAACUGGUCUUGAAGCUGCCUUGGGUCUUUGGGGUAUCUCUUUGGCUCCCUUGGUGCGGUGAUGCUGAGGCGGCGGCACAAUUCCCCUCCUAGUAGGCCCCUAGGCACUCUCCCCCUAGACCAGAAUGUUCGUAUUCUUGAAGACGGCAAAGAAAAUAAAAAUCUUACAAGGGCUGAGAAUAAGGGCUCAGUUGGUAGAAUUCCUGUCUAGAAUGCAAACAAAAAUCCCGAGAUCAGUCCACAGCGCCAGCAAAACUGAUGUGGUGGUACUCAGCUGUAAUCCCAGAGGCAGCAGGAGGAUCAGAGAUCAGAGGUUCAGGGUCAUCCUCAGCCGCACAGGGAGUUAAGGCCUGCAUGAGAUUUUUUUUUUUUUUUAAAGAAACUUAUAAUUUUUUUAAGAAUUUACUGGAGCUGGAGAGAUGGCUCAGCGGUUAAGAACACUGACUGCUCUUCCAGA